AUGCCUCAUCCCAUCAACAAUACAAUCCUUUUAGUAGUUUUGGCUUCGGCUCUUCUAGUUUACUUCCGUCCUGCAAGGGCCGCCGGUGUACUCUACCCACAAUUCUACGACUUCUCAUGCCCACAAGCAAGUGAUAUUGUUAAAUCCGUUGUGUCAAAGGCAGUUGCAAAAGAUGCCCGCAUGGCAGCUUCUUUGCUCCGCCUUCAUUUCCAUGAUUGUUUUGUCAAGGGAUGUGAUGGAUCAAUACUUCUAGAUAGCAGUGGCAACAUAGCUAGUGAAAAGAGAUCGGUCCCCAACCGAGAUUCUGCUCGUGGAUUCGAAGUCAUAGAUGAGAUUAAAUCAGCAAUUGAGAAAGCAUGCCCACAAACAGUCUCUUGUGCUGAUAUCUUGGCUUUGGCAGCUAGGGACUCAACUGUCUUGACUGGUGGACCGAGUUGGGAUGUCCCUUUGGGAAGAAGGGACUCAUUUGGUGCUAGCCUGAGUGGCUCAAACCAAAAUAUACCAGCCCCAAACAACACCUUCCAAACCAUCCUCACCAAAUUCAAACUCAAGGGUCUUGACAUUAUCGAUUUUGUAGCGCUCUCAGGAAGCCACACAAUUGGAAAUGCUAGGUGCACCAGCUUCAGGCAAAGGUUAUACAACAAUACAGGCAACGGGCAACCUGACUUUGCAUUAGAACAAUCAUAUGCAGCGAAACUGCGUGCCAACUGCCCAAGAUCAGGUGGCGAUCAAAACUUGUUUUUCUUGGACCCUGGAUCACCAACCAAGUUCGAUAACGGGUACUACAAGAACUUGAUAGCUUUAAAAGGCCUGUUAAGCUCUGAUGAGAUCCUCUAUACACAAAACCAACAGACUAUGGAUCUGGUGAAGCAUUAUGCCGAGAAUCAAGAAGAUUUUUUUGAGCAGUUUGCGAAGUCUAUGAUCAAGAUGGGAAAUGUAACUCCAUUGACUGGCAACCUUGGAGAAAUUAGAAGAAUUUGCAGGAGGGUCAACAAUUGAAAAACUGAAUCUUUAUUUGUGCGCAUGUAAAUUUCUUUUCUUUUUCAUGGUUUACAUACUGGGUGGUGUAUUAUGUGCAUUACUAGCAAGAGUUAUCUUGUAUAUUCA